CGCGUGCGCAUUCCUAGGGCCGGGCGCGGGGGCGGGGAGGCCUGGAGGAUUUAACCCAGGAGAGCUGCUGGUGGGAGGCGCGGGCUGGCGCCGCUGCGCGCAUAGGCCCGUUCCUGGCCCGCAGCCGCUACCUGCCAAGUGACCAUGAUAGUGUUUGUCAGGUUCAACUCCAGCCAUGGUUUCCCAGUGGAGGUCGAUUCUGACACCAGCAUCUUCCAGAUCAAGGAGGUGGUUGCUAAGCGACAGGGGGUUCCGGCUGACCAGUUGCGUGUGAUUUUCGCAGGGAAGGAGCUGAGGAAUGACUGGACUGUGCAGAAUUGUGACCUGGAUCAGCAGAGCAUUGUUCACAUUGUGCAGAGACCGUGGAGAAAAGGUCAAGAAAUGAAUGCAACUGGAGGCGACAACCCCAGAAACGCAGCGGGAGGCUGUGAGCGGGAGCCCCAGAGCUUGACUCGGGUGGACCUCAGUAGCUCAGUCCUCCCAGGAGACUCUGUGGGGCUGGCUGUCAUUCUGCACACUGACAGCAGGAAGGACUCACCACCAGCUGGAAGUCCAGCAGGUAGAUCAAUCUACAACAGCUUUUAUGUGUAUUGCAAAGGCCCCUGUCAAAGAGUGCAGCCGGGAAAACUCAGGGUACAGUGCAGCACCUGCAGGCAGGCAACGCUCACCUUGACCCAGGGUCCAUCUUGCUGGGAUGAUGUUUUAAUUCCAAACCGGAUGAGUGGUGAAUGCCAAUCCCCACACUGCCCUGGGACUAGUGCAGAAUUUUUCUUUAAAUGUGGAGCACACCCCACCUCUGAUGAGGAAACAUCAGUAGCUUUGCACCUGAUCGCAACAAAUAGUCGGAACAUCACUUGCAUUACGUGCACAGACGUCAGGAGCCCCGUCCUGGUUUUCCAGUGCAACUCCCGCCACGUGAUUUGCUUAGACUGUUUCCACUUAUACUGUGUGACAAGACUCAAUGAUCGGCAGUUUGUUCACGACCCUCAACUUGGCUACUCCCUGCCUUGCGUGGGAACUGGAGACACAGUGCUGCUUAGAGGAGCUCUGGGGGCAUUCAGGAGGGGAGUCGCUGGCUGUCCCAACUCCUUGAUUAAAGAGCUCCAUCACUUCAGGAUUCUGGGAGAAGAGCAGUACAACCGGUACCAGCAGUAUGGUGCAGAGGAGUGUGUCCUGCAGAUGGGGGGCGUGUUAUGCCCCCGCCCUGGCUGUGGAGCGGGGCUGCUGCCGGAGCCUGACCAGAGGAAAGUCACCUGCGAAGGGGGCAAUGGCCUGGGCUGUGGGUUUGCCUUCUGCCGGGAAUGUAAAGAAGUGUACCAUGAAGGGGAGUGCAGUGCCCUAUUUGAAGCCUCAGGAACAACUACUCAGGCCUACAGAGUCGAUGAAAGAGCCGCAGAGCAGGCUCGUUGGGAAGAAGCCUCCAAAGAAACCAUCAAGAAAACCACCAAGCCCUGUCCCCGCUGCCAUGUACCAGUGGAAAAAAAUGGAGGCUGCAUGCACAUGAAGUGUCCGCAGCCCCAGUGCAGGCUCGAGUGGUGCUGGAACUGUGGCUGCGAGUGGAACCGCGUCUGCAUGGGGGACCACUGGUUUGACGUGUAGCCAGGGCAGCCGGGCGCCCCAUCGCCACAUCCUGGGGGAGCAUACCCAGUGUCCUACCUUCAUUUUCUAAUUCUCUUUUCAAACACACACACACGCACACGCGCACACACACUCUUCAAGUUUUUUUCAAAGUCCAACUACAGCCAAAUUGCAGAAGAAACUCCUGGAUCCCUUUCACUAUGUCCAUGAAAAACAGCAGAGUAAAAUUACAGAAGAAGCUCCUGAAUCCCUUUCAGUUUGUCCACACAAGACAGCAGAGCCAUCUGCAACACCACCAACAGGCGUUCUCAGCCUCCGGAUGACACAAAUACCAGAGCACAGAUUCAAGUGCAAUCCAUGUAUCUGUAUGGGUCAUUCUCACCUGAAUUCGAGUCAGGCAGAAUCAGUAGCUGGAGAGAGAGUUCUCACAUUUAAUAUCCUGCCUUUUACCUUCAGUAAAUACAAUGAAGAUGCCAUUGACAAGGUGUUUCUCUGUAAAAUGAACUGCAGUGGGUUCUCCAAACUAGAUUCAUGGCUUUAACAGUAAUGUUCUUAUUUAAAUUUUCAGAAAGCUGCUAUUCCCAAAGAACCCCAGGCAAUAGUCAAAAACAUUUGUUUAUCCUUAAGAAUUCCAUCUAUACAAAUCGCGUUAAUGAAAUACCAACUAUGCGUAAAUCAACUUGUCACUAAGUGAGAAAUUAUGAAAGUUAAUUUGAAUGUUGAAUGUUUGAAUUACAGGGAAGAAAUCAAGUUAAUGUACUUUCAUUCCCUUUCAUGAUUUGCAACUUUAGAAAGAAAUUGUUUUUCUGAAAGUAUCACCAAAAAAUCUAUAGUUUGAUUUUGAGUAUUCAUUUUGCAGCUUGGAGAUUUUGCUAAUACAUUUGGCUCCACUGUAAAUUUAAUGGAUAAAGUGCCUAUAAAGGAGACAUGUUUAGAAAUGAUUUCAAAGUGAUAUUCAAUCUUAACAAAAGUGAACAUUAUUAAAUCAGAAUCUUUAAAGAGGAGCCUUUCCAGAACUACCAAAAUGAAGACAUGCCUGACUCUCUCCAUCAGAAGGGUUUAUACCCCUUUGGCACACCCUCUGUGUCCAAUCUGCAAGUCCCAGGGAGCUCUGCAUACCAGGGGUUCCCCCAGGAGAGACCUUCUCUUAGGACAGUAAACUCACUAGAAUAUUCCUUAUGUUGACAUGGAUUGGAUUUCAGUUCAAUCAAACUUUCAGAUUUUUUUUCAGCCAUUCACAACACAAUCAAAAGAUUAACAACACUGCAUGCGGCAAACCGCAUGCUCUUACGCACACUACGCAGAAGAGAAAGUACAACCACUAUCUUUUGUUCUACCUGUAUUGUCUGACUUCUCAGGAAGAUCGUGAACAUAACUGAGGGCAUGAGUCUCACUAGCACAUGGAGGCCCUUUUGGAUUUAGAGACUGUAAAUUAUGAAAUGGGCAACAGGGCUUCUCUUUUUAGAUGUAGCACUGAAAUCCUUGCUGGAGGGAAGAGAGGGGAUGAACUCAAGUUUUCCACAUCCCGGGACACCUGUCCCUCUUUUCCUAACUGCCUAAGAUAACCUGUUUCUUCCAACCAUCUGAGGACAGUCCUGUCCUCUCAGAGGCCCUGCACCCGGGAGAGACUGGGCUCUGAAGCAGCCACAUCAGCAUUCACAGCUUCAUGUGGCUUCACUGUCUGAAAAUCUACCGACUCCAACAUGGCCCCACGGUGACAACAGACCUGCGACAGGAAGCCCAAAGCUCACAUAGAAAUGGUGGACAGAUCAAAGUCUCUAAGGGAAAAAAAGAGAGGUGGCAGGCAUGAGCCCCUGCACCCAGUGGCUCGUGUCCAUACUGAGUCUAGACCCUGAUCAGGUCCUGACUUAGUGUCACUGGCAAUCCCACUAAAUUACACUUCCUUACACUGGCCCGAUGCGACAAAUCAGGUGGCUCCCUUCUGUCACGUGGAGCACACAGUGUUUUCCAUCAUCCAUAGCUUUCUUCCUGAUGAUGUUUGCAUUAUUGCGCCUCCCCAAUCUGCAUGCUGCGUUGGGCUUGCGGUGCCUGAUCAAGGUUUGCUCCCACGAGCUCAGGCACCCUAGGAUCCCCUGUUAGACUUAUUAGGCUGUCCAGCAUGGUCUCCUUUCCUUUGUUGGUGGUGGUCUUUUCCCUUUCCAGAAUAGAACAGUGAUUCUUAAAAUAAGUUAGAGCAGGCCGGGCGCGGUGGCUCAUGCCUGUAAUCCCAGCACUUUGGGAGGCCGAGGUGGGUGGAUCACGAGGUCAGGAGUUCAAGACCAGCCUGGCCAAGAUGACGAAACCCCGUCUUUAUUAAAAAUACAAAAACUAGCUGGGCAUGGUGGCAGGCGCCUGUAAUCCCAGCUUCUUGGGAGGCUGAGGCAGGAGAAUCACUUGAACCCAGGGGGCAGAGGUUGCAGUGAGCCGAGAUCACGCCACUGAACUCCAGCCUGGGCAACAGAGUGAGACUCUGUCUCAAAAAAAAAAAAAAAAAAAGCAACAUCAUCCACUACACAUGAACAUGAAUCACAGUAUUAUUUGCACAGGAAGGGUGUAACAAAAUAUGAAUGUAUCAAAAAAUAGAAAUAAAGUCUUUGCAGAAGAAAUCUGUUUUUCUCUGAAGUGUGUUGAGAUUAUCUGACAACUCUAAGAUUGUACUUAUAUUGUCAAUAAAAGCAUCAAAAGAA